AUGGGCCACUUUCUGGUCCAAUACCUGCAAGCUCGAGGAUACACGACCGAGAAGAUCGGGCUCCCCAACUCGCCGAAUCGCUUCAACGUAUAUGCCUAUUUGGGCGGGCAGCGAAAAACCCGCGUCUGUCUAACAGCGCACAUGGACACGGUGCCUCCACAUAUCCUGUUCCGAAUCGAGGGGGACACCAUCUUCGGACGUGGCACCAAUGAUGACAAGGGGCCGAUGGCCGCUCAGAUCAUGGCGGUGGAAGAGCUGCGUGCCGCAGGGGACAUUCGUGCUCGGGGAGACGUGGCGUUCUUGUUUGUGGUGGGCGAGGAAGCCGGCGGGCCUGGCAUGUUGGAAAUGGGACCUUGGAGUACGACCAUGGGCUUGUCCUGGGAGAGUAUCGUGUUCGCGGAACCGACAGAAUCAAAACUUGCCCAGGGGCAUAAAGGACACAUGGUUUUCCGCCUUGAUGUCCAGGGUGUCGCUUGUCAUUCGGGAUAUCCCGAGCUCGGCCGCAGUGCUAUCGCCACCAUGCUGGCGGUGCUGCAAGAACGGUAUGAGAAUGUCUAUUCUUCUUUUUCUUCUUCUUCUUUCAACCUCCCGUGGUGGACCCAGUUGAGUGCAUCUUAG